UCAAGUUUUUUUCUUGGGUACAGGGGCUCCUUUGUCCAAAAACUGGAUAUGAAACUUCUACCAGAAGGAAAGAGGACAGAUUUAGAAUUGCAUUUCAGAUAAUUAUUCCUGGAUGUGAAAUUCCGUGCUGGAUGACUCAUCAAAGGUUAGGGAACUCAAUAAGCAUAGAGCUGCCUCCAAAUUGGUGUAAUAGUAGGUGGAUGGGAUUCACACUCUGCGCUUCUUUGGAUGCAUCAUAUUCACAUAUUUCUGUUGAAGAGUUUGACCUUGGCGAAGCAUUUGGUCUUAAAGCUCGUGUGAUAGCCCUCGGUGAUACGCCUCAAAGUUAUUAUGCCACUGAAAUUUCCUUCAGCACAAAAAUUGUUGCGAGGCACAUUUGGCUAUUGCAUCUGUCUCGUGAUGAUUGGUUUGCUACUGCUCAGAGUGGUGAAUUUAAUCAGAUUGAGGUUGUAUUUGAGAGCUCUAAGCCAGGCUUGUUUGUGCGGAAAUGUGGGCUCAGUUUGGUAUAUAAGCAAGAUGAUGAAAUUCACUAUUUAUGGGGAGACUCUGAUGACUAUAACGAUAAAGAAUAUAAAAUAAAGAGUGCAAGUUGCAGCUCUUUUGAGGACAUUGAAAGUUUCAGCUCUUCAGUCAAUGGUGUGCAAAUUUCAUACCCAAGCAACAUUAAUGUAAGCCACCAAAAAAUAUGUCACUGUCCGGCCCAAGCUUCACUGAAAACAAUAUUCACUGAUGAGAAUUUUGGGAGAAGGUUUUGGAGUUGUGGCAAAUACAAGCAAAACGUAAAUUGUGGGUUCUUUGAAUGGGAAGAUCCAGAAGUGUGUCUGUAUGGACGAAGAGUAAUAUGUGAACUGCAAGAACGCCUGGAGACGAUUGAUAAGGAUAAAGUUGAUCAACAUGAGUUAGUUAUGCUUCGUGAAGAAAACAAAAACUUGAGGAUUGCUUUGUUGUUUUUUGGGAUUGCUUUGUCGUUUUCUUGGAUUGCCAUUGUAAUCUACCUAUAUCGUAUAUAUAUUAUAUAAUAAAAGUUUGGUUUA